UGUGACGUUUUGUACAGUUUGGCCGCGCGUCUACCAGUGUUGGCGGGUGUUUGUUGCCUGCCAGACCCGGGAAGCUUGCACUCACUGCUGGUUUCUGGUGGAUCAUUGACAACCGCAUUCACUUCCGAAGAAGAAGAAGAAGAAGAAGAAGAAGAAUUAGAAGAAGAAGACGAAAAAGAAGAUGUCUGACUUGGCCAGAGGUGGAGGAUGUGACGGGAACAUUACCGAGCCAAGGGACAGGUCUCGUGGCUCAUCACAUUGGUCCCACUGCAGGAAACGAGGGAUUGAUGGAAGCUUGCGCUCUAGGAGCGAUGAUGUUAAUGGUGAAGAUGACACUGAAACGAACAACAGAAAUGCCAGUUUUACAACUCCAGAAAGCAGAGGCCCAGUGUCUCGGUGUGCCCGGCGGGCUGACUGGGGCAGCCAGGUGGAGGAUGAUGAAAUGAGGAGAGAUGUGCAGAGAGACAUGCAGCGUUACAGGAGGAGGAUACUCGCUGCAGAUGUCACUCAGAGAGAGAGAAAGACAUCUUCUGGCUCUUCUGGCAGCUGUGACUCCAAAGAGGGUGAAAACGUAGAAAUGGAUGAGACUGUGUUGCUCCGACGACAGAAACAGAUCAACUACGGCAAGAACACAUUGGCCUAUGAUCGAUAUAUCAAAGAGGUUCCCAAGCACUUGCGACAGCCAGGUGUUCAUCCAAAGACUCCCAAUAAAUUCAGGAAAUACAGUCGGCGUUCCUGGGACCAGCAGAUCAAACUGUGGAAGGUCAAACUGCAUGCCUGGGACCCCCCAGCAGAAGAGGGAGGAGAAGCCGAUGCCAAUAACGUUGAGGAGCUCCUCCGUGAGGACGUGAUGGACAUCGAGCUGGACUUUCCGAUAUUAUCAGAUUCUGGGAAUGGUACAUGCUCUUUCACCACGCACAACCUGUCACUGGAGGAGGAUGACUGCGCAGGAACUCCAGUCAAAAUGCAGAAGACCGAAACCACAGCAGAGCUUGACAUGGCCUAGCUAAUUGCUCACCCUGUUGUUGAAUGUUCAUGCACAUCUCAAAUAUUUUACUUUGACUCCCUACAACAGGAAAAACUGAUAUAUUAAAAAAAAUAAUAAUAAAAAAAAAAGCCUCUGUUCCAGGUAAGUUCUAUUCGACAUACACGUUGUGUUACAAAUAUACACAUGACUCAGGGAUUGUUUCUUUACAGUAUUCUAUCCAUGUAAUUGGUUGAUAUGUUGGUGUUCAAAGAAGCACUUGCAAUGCAUUCUGUUGUGGAAUGUGGGGGAAGUUCAAAACAAAUGUUUUCAUUUUAAUGGUUCAUUAUUGUCAAAAUGUGUGAGUAGUGUACAAUUUUAAAAGUGAAACGGCACUGGGCUGUUGUUUUUUUUAAUAGAAAUGUAACGUUUUGCGGUGUUUGUUUCUUUGUAAAGACUUUGAAAUAAAAAAAAAAAAAAAACUUG